AUGGGGAGUCCCUUGUUCUUGGCAUUGGGAGUAGUUGUGCUGUUGUUUAGUUGGGAUGCAGCUGCACAGAAUUCCGAUUUAAGUUGCCCUGUAAAAUUCACAGUAGAUGAAGCCAAAACUUAUCAUGUCCGCAAUAACCUUAGUUUAGGAGCUACUCUGUCAUACACUUACCAUGCAGAGAAUGGAUUCUUAGACAUAGCUUUCAAGGCCCCCCCUGCUGCUUCUGGGGGGUGGGUAGGGUGGGGUAUAAACCCACAUGGGCUUCAAAUGAUUGGCACACAGGCUUUGAUUGCCUUUCGAUUGGGUAAUGGCUCAACUGUGGUUGACACAUAUAAUGUGACGUCUAAGUCUGCUGCUUUGAAUCCUUCAAAGAUUAGCAUACCUGUGACCAGCAAGAGUGCUGUGUAUGAGGCUAGUAGUGGGAAGAUAACAAUUUUUGCUUCCCUGGUGCUUGAUUCCAAUCAAACCAGUGUUAAUCAGGUGUGGCAAGUGGGUAGCUCAGUUACCAACUUCAGUCCUCACGUCCACAGUUAUGAUGAUGCCAAUCUUUCGAGUUUAGGGACACUGGAUCUCAAAAGUGGAGCCACCUAGUAACACUACAUUUUCAACAAUUCAUUGGUU